AUAAAAAGAAACGUCAUCUGUCAGAGUUCAAAAGAAAGGUUAUGUUUGCUGGGGGCAUUUCUCCUGACAAGUGAAUGUUGUUGACUAAAAAUUUGAAAAAAUCAAGAAUCUAAAGAUGUCUGUGGAAAGUGAAAAGUUAGUUGUGAACGGAAGCACCGUUACUGCUAAAAAAGUGAGCGCCGACUCUCGAUCCGGUUUAAUGAAGCUGAACAGUUAUGUACUGGCAUUAAGGCCCUGGUCUCUGAGUGCCAGCCUAAUGCCCACCCUGCUGGGUUCAACAAUUGCUUACAAACAUCCAGGAGAAAGCGAUUUUAACUAUAUUACAUUACUACUAACACUGUUCACUGUUGUGUGUGUGCACGGUGCUGGAAAUCUAGUGAAUACAUAUUAUGAUUAUGUAAAGGGGAUAGACAACAAGAAAGCUGAUGAUAGGAUACUAGUUGAUCAUAUACUGAGUAAAGAUGAGGUGGUGUCCCUGGGUGCUAUUCUCUACUUUGCAGGAUGCCUUGGCUUUGUACUCCUGACUGCUUUGUCACCUGCAAAAAUGGAGCACCUUGCAUUGGUCUACUUUGGUGGCUUAUCCUCAAGCUUCCUCUACACAGGAGGCAUUGGAUUCAAGUAUAUAGCACUGGGAGAUGUGUUAAUUCUUGUCAUCUUUGGCCCCAUAUCAGUCCUCUUUGCAUUCAUGUCUCAAACAGGAAGAGUUGAAUGGGCAACCAUGUACUAUGCCAUCCCCUUGGCUCUGAACACUGAAGCCAUCCUCCACAGCAACAACACCAGAGAUUCAGAGGCAGACAAAAAAGUGGGAAUUGUGACUUUGGCCAUAUUGAUUGGUCAUACGGCAUCGCAUUUCCUAUACGCAUUUCUGCUGUUCACACCGUACAUUAUGUUUGUUGUAGCGACGUUGAAGUACUCUAAAUGGUUUUUGCUGCCGCUCGUGACGCUUCCGAGUGCAUUCAAGAUCGAGAAGCAGUUCCGCUCCGAAAAUAUCCAGAACGUUCCGAAGGAAACCGCGAAGCUGAAUCUGUUCCUCGGAGUCUUGUACGUUCUGGCCUGCAGCCUCACGCCUGCUCUUCCGUUUAUAACAAGGAGAUAGACUCAGCUGAUUUGCUGCUAGUUUUAUUUAUUUCUAUUAAUUUGUCACGUACCAUCGUCGCGAAGGAAGACCAAAUUGACCAAAAAAAUAAUAAUGAAUUGGGUGUUUAGCCGGGGCGCAGUAGAGAGAAACUUGAUUAUUGAUUAGUUAAAUUAUGUUUUAUAUUUAUGCAAUUUUUACUUUGUUUUCACUUCAUUUGUGUUUUCAGUUCUUAGUCUCGAAGGGAUAUGUACAAUAUAUGUAUUUUUUUUUCUUUUUAAUUUAUUUAAACUAACUAUGCUGUGUAUCGAAACCCUUUAAUGUUUAGUGAUCCUUGCAUUCGCAGUGAUGUUGCAUCGUUUAAUAAUAUUUAUGUUGCGUCGCAUCAUUACUGCUUCUUAUUGAUAUUGAGCAUAGGACUAGCAGAUGAAUGUGUGUGCUUGCUUUUGCGAUUUUUGCGUAUGACUCUGUGUGCGUGUGUCAGUAUGUUUAUUAUAAUGUGAACAACUACAAUUUAAUGUAUAGAAGCAGAAAAAUCUAAAUAUUGUGUAAGCGCAGUAAAACAAACGAUUGUUUGAAAUCAUAUCUUCCAUUAGGUAUUAAGGCGUAUAGUGAUUAUGGCGAAAUAUUUAGUUAUACUAAUAAGAAAUACGGUUAACACUGCUAGAAUUUAACGGAUAGAUUGGAACGAUUAUUUACUUAAUUUUUAAUAUUGAUUAACAAAUGUAAAAUGACAAUAAUAACUUUAUUAUCGCGUAGGUAAUAAAUAUCCUGGAUUCAAUAUCAAUUUACGAUUUACAGUUUGUAACAUUUAUUGAAACGAGAGUGCAUAUCUUUUUCUGUUUCAUUUGAAAUAAAAUUUUAUUAGUUUUACUGCCUACUUUUAUUGCGUGUAUCAGCGAAACAAGAAAUUGAGGAAAAAUAGUUCAAAAUAUUGAAACGAGCGAGCUGUAAUUACUAUCUAUUAUAUGAGAACUGUAUUAAUAGAAAAAACAUGUUUUGCAUAAAAUAGUCAUACACGUUUUAAUUGCUAUAAUA